GAGACCAAACAGAGCGCUCCUGCGGGGGCAGCUCAAGGAACACAGGUCCCCCCUGUCCUCAAGCCCCUCGCAUGCCGAAGUGGGAUGGUGUAGACUGAGCUUCCUGGGAACGAAGUGAAAAGCCUUCACCCACAAGCUGGAACCUCUUUUGAAGAAUAAAUAGCUUUGCAAACCAGAAGCAGCACUCAGGAUUUGGAAAUGCAAGUUGGCUGAAUAAUGCGUACUUUCACCCAUGCAGAAGAUGGCAUAGCAACAGAUCCAACCUUCCACCAAACUGGAGUCCCUCUGUGCACUGCAGUUGGACUGAGGCGAAGCUUUUGUUUUGGACUGAAGAAGCUUGUCCACAGCUUGUCCUGAAAGCCAUUCUCUCCUAAUUCAUGAGCCAGCAGGAUGUGGUCGCCGUGCUUUCAGAACGCCUUCUCAUAGCUGCAUACAAAGGGCAAGUGGAUAAUGUUGUGCAGCUUAUCAACAAGGGUGCCAAGGUAGCCGUUACCAAGCAUGGGCGGACACCUCUCCAUCUUGCGGCUUACAAGGGUCAUCUCCGGGUUGUCCAGAUUUUGCUCAAAGCAAGCUGUGAUGUGGAUCUUCAGGACGAUGGUGAUCAGACAGCUUUGCAUCGAGCUACUGUUGUAGGGAACACAGACGUAAUUUCAGCUCUUAUCCAUGAAGGGUGCGCUUUGGAUAGGCAAGACAAGGAUGGGAACACAGCUCUCCACGAAGCCUCUUGGCAUGGAUUCAGUCAGUCGGCCAAACUGCUUGUUAAAGCAGGAGCGAACGUUCUUGCCAGGAACAAGGCAGGUAAUACGCCACUGCACUUGGCUUGCCAAAACAGCCAUUCUGAAAGUGUUCGGGUCCUGCUGCUUGGAGGCUCUCGGGCCGAUAUCAAAAACAAUGCAGGAGAUACCUGUUUGCAUGUGGCAGCUCGUUAUAAUCACUUACCCAUCGUUAGGGUGCUCCUCAGUGCUUUCUGUUCUGUCCAUGAAAAAAAUCAGGUUGGUGAUACAGCGCUUCAUGUAGCUGCUGCAUUAAAUCAUAAGAAGGUGGCCAAACUGUUGUUAGAAGCAGGAGCUGAUGGGACGGUAAUUAACAAUGCUGGUCAGACCCCCCUAGAAGUCGCCCAGGAGCACAACAACCCUGAAGUUGCCCUUCUGCUCACUAAAGCCCCUCAGGUCUCACGGUUUAAUCGUGGAAGAAGCCUGAGGAAGAAGAGAGAGAGACUUAAAGAGGAAAGACGUGCUCAGUCUGUCCCAAGAGAUGAAGUGGUUCAAAGCAAGGGCAGUGCCUCAGCUGCUGAGGACACGCACAGCAGUGACCAGGCCCCUCAAGGGAGAAGUGAUUUGAAAGAUGAAGCACAACUACCUUUAUCAGAACUCAGAGGGAGGAAGACUAAAAAGAAGAAACCAAGAGAAAAGGUUUCAGCACUCUCUGACCCCACAUCGCCAGCUGACCAGCAGAUGCCUCCUGGCCCUCAGCAGAACUUGUUGAAACGCAGAAGCAAACACCGCUGUGCAUCUCCACCCCCUCCCCAUGAAUUCCGAGCCUACCAGUUGUAUACACUUUACCGUGGAAAAGACGGGAAAAUCAUGCAGGCACCAAUAAAUGGAUGUCGUUGUGAGCCACUGAUAAAUAAAGUAGAGAACCAGCUGGCAGCUGCUGUGGAAGAAAUCAAAGCUGAGUUUGUGACAGUGCAGGAUAAGAUGAACAGCAAACUUGGACAGAUGGAACACAAGACUCAACAUCAGCUCCGUGUUUUAGACAAAUUAAUGGCAGAGAGGCUGUCAGCAGAAAGAACAGAGUGCCUUCAUCGUCUUCAAGAGCACACUGAAUUGGAAAAAAAUGAAGGGGAGAAACGCCAGAUGUCUUUGGUAGGAGAACUGAAAGCUUGGUGCAUGUUAAAAAUUCAGAAUCUGGAGUUGAAGCUUUCUGGAGAUUCUAGAUCUUCAAGACCAAAAUCAACCCUGUCCACAUGUGAAUCACUCACUGAGACUCUGGAUACAGAGAACCUUCAUAGUACAAAGGACUGUAAAACUAGCCAAACGCCACUGCAGUCGGAUGGCUCCCAGCAGCAUUCUUGCAUUGCUCUUCAGAACAGUCUCUCAGAAGAUACUGGAAGGAGUAGAAUGCCAAUGACAGAAGAGAGCUUUGGGAAGCAAUACUUUGUUGUUCAACAAGCCAGUACAUCAGGAACAGAACAACAGUUAGUUGGUGCUGGCCCAACUCCUUCUGCAGCAUCUCCUCAGGUUGUGAGGCCCAAGGACAAAGCAGGUUUCAGCAGAUUGCAACAGGAACUGCCACCAGCCGAAUACUCAGGUUCCAAAUUAAGGCAUGCUAAAGUACAAACUGUUUCCCAGGCUUCUGCUGAAUUGACAAAGAUGGAGUCUCAGAGUGGCUGCUUUAUAGAGAAGGGAACUCAAACAAAGAAACCUAGCAGAAGUGGCCAGUUGAAGCACAGGCCCCAUCAACCUGGAGGGACUCAAUCGACCCAGCAGCCAUUUCCUGCCUCGGGAGGAAACGAGCCCAGCUCUCAACUUGCAGGCACUUCUCAGGCUCUGGAAAUUACACAGUACUUCUUUGAGGCUGUGUCCACUCAGAUGGAGAAGUGGUAUGAAAGGAAGAUUGAAGAAGCUCGGAGCCAAGCUGACCAGAAAGCCCAGGAAGAUAAAGCAGUUCUCAAAGAACAUAUCAAAAGUUUGGAAGAGGAACUGUAUAAGCUAAGGACUAAAGUGCAGAAGGAAAACUAGCAUAUUUUUUCAUGCUGAUGAAAAGAUAUAGAGGAACUGCUAUGUUACAAACAGCAAUUAAGCUAUUUUUCCCCCCAGGGGGUAAUCUACAAGCUGUUCCACACUUGUUGGAUUUGUGGCCUUUCCAAACAAUGAGGAUGAUGUUCAUGCAGUGAUUGUAAGGAAUCUAGAUUUGUUUCUUCAAAGUAGAAUUUCCUUUUGGGGAAACCGCAUUGGUUUUUAUCCUCCCAUUGCUGGAAAAAUGUUGAUUUUAUUCCCAUAAUGUAGUGUGCCAGUUGUGAUAGCAAUUCUGUGUAGAAUGUUGUUACAUGACCUAUCGGGGCUAUAUCACUGGGGAUGAGAGAUAGAACUCUCCUCCCCCAUUUCUUCAAUGCCUGUGCCAUUUUGUGAAUAAUUUUAAAUUUUACUUUCUAUAUUAUUAACAUUAUUCUUUUGAAGCUGAGUAUUCUUUUGCUGUACCACUGAAGCCCAGGAGUGCUCAUGUAUCCUUUUGAAAAUAAAAGUAGCAGCCAACAUUAGCAAGCCUAGCUCUUACUCUUGCACAGGACCACCCUUCCAUUUUAUGAAUUCCAUGUGCUCCCCUGUCCUGAUCCAGCUAUACAUGUGUGAGAAGCUUGCUUCUAUGCACAUGUCCUUAACUGUAUAGAGGAUUGUUCACGCAAAUGGUGUGUGUGUGUGUUAAUCCCAAACUCAACCUAUGUGCUGCCUAUGUGUAGCUCUGUCAAGUCAGAAUUAUACUGAUCAGCUCUUUGGGAGACAGAGACUGGGUGGGGUGGAUUUAGCUUUUCCUACUUUUCCCCACUUUCUGCCAAAAAGCUGAUUGGUUUGUUUGCAUCUAGUGGUAGUGGCAAUAUAUUUGAAUAUAAUCUUAAUAUAUUUGAAAGGAUAUUUGAUUUUAAAAGAACAUUCUUAUGAAAAAACGGUCUUAAGUAUUACAGCAAAUCCAUUAAAGGCUAAUACCUUAUCUAUCAUUAAACAGUAAUAGUCCAUAGGGUUGACCUGGUCCCGAAAGAAAUCCUUAUUUGGACACCAAUUGGAAUACCCCCGAUAUUCUAAUCAAGAUACAGUAACAAGUUGGCCAGUCUCUCUCAUAAAGGAAACAAAAUGUUCUUAAGCUGUAAGAAAUCGAAAUAUUCCAUACCUUAAUACAGGGGUGGACAACUUGCGGCUCUCCAGAUAUUUUGGCCUACAACUCACCACUGGCAAUGUUAGCUAGGGCUGAUGGGAGUUGUAGGCAAAAACAAGUUGCCCAGGCGUGCUAUAACACUACAAUGCUUUUGAAUUUGGUAUGUAAUAUGUAAAUGCUUAUAUUUGCCUGCAAUUCUGUGCCUGAGCACGUGUGCUUAAUAAUUGUGAAGCAAUUCCUGCUAGAUGGUAGAAACAUAUGCUUCCUGUCCAAAGUCCAUUGUUUGAAAGAUAAAGUGGCCCAAGUGAAUACUGAAGUUGACCAUCUUUAUCCUAAAGUAAAUUUUGUCUUAACUGCACUCCCCCACAUAUAACUUUAGGGCAGAGUCCAUUACUGCCGCUGUGCCUCCACUAGUUCUGUUGUGUCCAGGGGAACCACCGCUAUUACAACAGAAACUAGUGCUUCCUAAAAGAACCCCCGUAAUGCCUGUUUCCAGAAUGGAGCAGGUCAGCAAGCUCCCCUGACCUGCCCCGUUCGCAAAACAAGUGUUUCUGUUCUUUCUGGUUGCAUUACAAAGUGCUGGCUUCUGUUUGCACUAAUGGUAGUUCCUGCUGGCACAUGGGCAGCAUUAGAUUCUGCCCUUUACUUUUUUUAACAAAGCCAGUCCUGAAAUCUGCAUUAAGGUUUUCAUGUACAAUUUGCCCCUGGGUGGU